AUGUCAGGCGAAGGCCAAGUCGCAGACGCCGGUUCCCUUCCGGUGGAGAAGAGGGAGGAAGGAGCGCAGGUUGGUCACGAGGAGGACGACAGCUUGUCCCCAGAUUCCAGAUUCCCUGUCUCUCCCUCCAACCAGGCCUCACAAAAUGUGGAAGGCGAGGGCCUCGACGACGCUGCCUUGGAUCGAAUGAUGGGUGAAAAGGUCCGCUUCGAGAACGACGUUGAGGAGUUUCUCCGGUCGCUGUACGACGAAGUCUACGACCGCAAUGUGGAUGCGAUUCGUCGUCUGUACGAGGUGGAGUUUCCUGCCCUGACAGAGCGCUACUACGCCGAGCGCCGGUGGCCCUCUGUAGACGAAGUUGGGACCUUCUACCGGCAAUUCGAUCGCUACCACUGCCUCAUCAUCACGCUGUACAAGGAGCUGUACUACCGCCAUUUGUUCCUCAAGUGUCAACAAGAAAUCACCUGGGAGGACCGACGCCUAGCGUGGGAGAACUAUGCGCUCCUCAUCAACUUCCUCGCGGAAGUCGAGUGCCGUCCCGACGACCAGAAGGACGGGAAGUCUCUGCGUUUGCCCCUGCAGUGGCUGUGGGACAUCCUCGACGAAUUCGUCUACCAGUUUCAAGAAGCUUGUCGCUGGAGACAGCGAAUCGCGCGGCGCCUGCCGGAGGACGAGGAGGAGCGCGCCCUGUUCUUGAAGGAGAUGGACAAGGACUGUGACGUGUGGAAGGCGAGUCCGGUGCUCGAGUUUUUGCAUGCACUCGUGCAGCGCUCAGAAGUCCAGGACCUCCUGCGGCAGCCAAAGGACGACGCGACGAAGAACAAGCUGUUUGAGAGCGAAAUUCGCUUCCAACUCGGCUACUUUGCCAUGAUUCUUCUUCUCCGGCUGCACGUGCUCAUGGGCGACUACUUCAUGGGCGUCAAGAGUGUCGAAAGCAUCGAGCUCGCUUCUCGCGGCUUCUACUGGAAAGUCCCUGCUGCCCAUGUCACCCUCUUUUACCACCUGGGCUUCGCGUAUACCAUGAUGCGGCGUUACACGGACGCGAUUCGUGUGAUGAGUCAGCUGUUGGUGUUUGUGUCUCGACAAAGAAGCUACUUGUCGGCUCACUUUUACCAGCAAAUGGCCAUGAACAAGGCCGUCGAUAAAAUGUACAUCCUGGUGAUGCUCUGCGCCUCGCUCUGCAACGUGAAGCUCGACGAAAGCGUCAACCAAAUGAUCAAGGAAAAAUACUCCGACAAAUUCUACAAGCUGCAGCAAGAAAACGACGAAACGUACUGCGACCUGUUCACCUGGGCAUGUCCGAAGUUCAUCAACCCCGCGACGCCGUCGUUUGAGGAUCCUCAGGCGCUGGAGAGAUUCGCGAAUUCCUACAGCGAAGUUCAGCUUCGUCAGUGCAAAAUGUUCUUCAAGGAGGUCGAGUUUCACAAGAAAAUCAGCACGAUCAAUUCCUUCGCGAAGCUCUACAAUAACAUCCAGCUUUCGAAACUCGCGUCGCUCAUGGAACUCUCCGACAAAGACCCUGAAGAUGCCGUCCGCUCCGAAAUUCUUUCUGUCAAGUACAAGGGCCGCCAAAAGGUCUGGCGUUCCGGCUCUCUCCUGAGUGGAGACUUGACUCCGAGUUCCUCGGACAACAGCGUCGAGUUCUACAUGGACCAGGACAUGAUCCACGUUCGAAGCCAACAAUCGCAGAAGGUGUAUGUGGACCAGUUCCUGAAGCAGAUUGAACGUUCUCAGCACCUGUUCAACUCCAUUCAGAACUCUGCUCGUUCUGGUCAACGUGACAACCGCGGGCAGGGCGAACGUGGGGGAAACCAGAACAGCGAGAGAGAAAAGUUUGACCGCUCUCAAGACCGCCGCAACUACGGGGGUCACGCUGGUGCGAGUGAGAUGCCUAAGCGCGAGCAGGCGGCCCUUGCGUAGAAAGAGAGUUCCAGACCCUGAGUGUCUGUACAGUUGUGUCUUCUGUACAACCCAGAGACGUCACGCGCUCUGGGCCUGCACGGGCAACCAUUGCAGAGAUUGUGAAUGAGGGAAGGAAAGCCCGAAGGUGUUGUCUUAAAGGCUGCCGACAACGGGGGCACAACAGUGAAGCAGAGGGGAGAGAAACUUAUCGCUGAGACGCCACACAGAAAAAGCAGAGUGAUUGCAGCAGAGGAACAGAAGGGACACGGCGUUUCAGCAGUUGAAAACCACACCAACCUUCGCAGAGAAAAACGAAAAGAAAAGGGGGAGGCUGCAAGGCAACACUACCGCCGGAGCGAAACGCACCACACAGAGAGACGUACAGAAGAGAAAUGAGCGAACAAGGAUUUGCGUUGCCGCAAUAGGAUUUUAUACGGUUUCACGGAAGACCGCGUGUAUUUCGAGAAACCCGCCGGAGACACCACGCCGUUGUCGAGUGUUUCAAUUUUGCGUCGUCGACUUCUUCUGGCUCUGUGUUUGGUGGCCUUCACGUAAUCGUAAUUUUCGCAGCCAGAAUGGCAUUCUCGGUUGCCUCUGUUUUUCGCAGUUGCCGAACCUAGUGUGCAUGUUUUUUUCUUGGUGGUGGCAACGGUGGGCAGGCAAACGAGAGUUCGUGGAUUGACCUGCCUUGAGAGAAAAACAGUUUCUCUCGCUUAAGCGAGUGUACCUG